AUAAAAAAGAAGAAAGUUCUGUGAAGCAGUCAAAACUUGCCAAUAUUGACUUCAGACAAAAAGAAAGUGACACUCAGGUAUUGAAUGACUCUGCUGUGAAUAACCAUUCAAAGUGUUCACAUGUUACGCCUUUUAAAAGUUCACAAAAUUUUAUGCAGUUCAGAUUGUUAACUCCACAGAAACAAUCAAAUUGCAGUCAAUGGUUGGAAAAGGGAGAUACAGAUGCUGAGUGUGGAGAUAAAGAGACGGUAAAACAAUUGAGAGAAUCAAAGUGUACUUCACAAGUUACAUAUGCCGAACAUUUGGGGAAGCCAAUAGAAAGUAAUAGCGAUGAAGUAGAAGAAAGGGCUGAGAUUUUUCCACGAACUCCUGAAAUUCCUUUAUUUUUAAGGACUCCUGAAGCUGUGAGAACACCUGACUCUGUGGAGAAAUUACCUAAAACCCCCUCAUUUGAAAUUAUCAAAAAUAGAAAUACAGCUACUGAAUGUCAAACACAAAAGGAAUCCCCUGGAUUUUCUUUUCUUAUGAGUUAUACUUCUAGAUCUCCUGGAUUGAAUUUAUUUGAUUCUUCUGUAUUUGAUUCAGAAAUCUCAUCACAUCAGUUUCAUGAACAUUAUUCUGCAGGAAAUUUAAAUCUUCUCUCAUCACAGCAAGAAACUGGAAACUUAUUUGGGAAAGCAGAAGGAGAAGAUACCUUUACUUUUUCUUUUCCAUUGGACUCUUCAACUCAUACAUUUGGAGCUGGAAGAGAUGAUUUUAGUUUUCCGUUUCCAUUUGAACAGGAUCAAAACUCAACACCUUCUUCUGAAAAAGAGUUUUCAUCCUCCUCACAAAAUGCCACACAAUUUACUUUAUUUUGA